CUCAACAAAUCUUCUAGCGUCUUCUACACUUUUUCAAUAACCAUGACUCGCGUAACUGAUUCCGUUAACUCUGCGUCACCGUUACCGUCAACAAUCAAAUUUCUCUACAGUUACAACGGAAAAAUCAUGCCACGUCAGAUCGACGGCAAGCUCCGUUACAUCGGCGGCCACACCAGAAUCCUCUCCGUCGACCGUUCCAUCUCGUUCUCUGAACUCUCCGUCAAAUUCUUCGAAGCGUGUGGAUUCUCCGGCGAGUUGAAGUGUAAACUACCGUCUGAAGAUCUGGAUGUGCUCGUUUCCGUCACCGGAGACGAUGAUCUCAAAGCCGUUGUGGAAGAGUAUCGCCGUGUUUCGCCGGAAUCGAAGAUCAGAGCGGUUUUGUUUCCUGUGAAAUCGUUGAAGACGAUAUCGCCUGUUCCGUCAGAUGGUUCGCUGGUUGAUUUUACGGCGAGGAAACCGCCACGGUAUCCGGUUAAGUCCGCCGUUAAGUCUUGCCGUGAUGCUCCGCCGUUUGUUACUGGUUUCCGUCCAAACCCUAGGCGAAAGUAUGUGGUUCAGGGAUGCAAUUACAGUCAGUAAAAAAGUGAAAUUGAAGGGAAUUACAGUAAACCGUUAGUUAGCUAUAUUAGUGUUAGGUAUAGAUAUAAUGAAUAUGAAUGAACGUAUAUAAUUAGAAAUAUCAUAUUAGAUUUUGAUUGAUUGAUAUCUGGUGAGAUUGGUAUCUGAUGAUUGAUGAAUUUUGAUGAGUGAGUAUUCAUCUGAAGAAUGUGCGAAUUGUUGUGUGAUAUUUGGGGUUGGAAUUGACAAAAGAACAAUUCUAAGGGGGUUAAAAGUGCAGAGUAAUGGAAUAUUAUUAAACGUUGAAGUUCGUUA